GAAAUGUGGAAGAAGGUCCGCGAGAUUCCCGAGUGGUCGUACCUUGAACCAGAAAACUUUGAGAGUACGAAUCGACCGGCUGAAUAGAAUCCGCCGCCAAAAGCCAAACGGGGACGAGCAAGGCCGAAGAACCCGGAUGCCAAAUUGAGAAGGACGCUUGGUCGACGAAGACUUUCACCUUCACGCAGCGUACCAGGACCUUCCCACCCCAAAACCGAGACACCGCCGAGCAUAACUACAGAAACAGCUGUGACAUGUCCGGGUAGAGUUGUUGGUCUGCAGCAUGAGAGGAUGCUUAGAUCUCAGCACAACAUACUUGAAUGGAGCAAGGAGAUCAGCAAGAGCCCUGUAGUCAGCCGUGGACGAAUGAUGUCUCUGGAAAAGCCGCCGCAACCGAAAAGGAUGCUGCGGUCGAACGACACAGUACUUGAUUGGAGCAAGGAGAUGAAGAAAAGCCCAUUAGGUGCUCGUCAACGAAAUCUGUCCCCGCAUGAGAAAUCGACGGUGCCACAUUUGGGCGAGGCAGACGCGGCGGACCUCGAGGGCUACGCACAAUACCGUCAGCCUCGUAUGCGCCUUUCAGAGCCUCUUGGGGGAGAGUACACUGAACUUGACGAGUUUAUGCGCUUCAUGAACCCGCCGUGACUGAUCUUGUAUUGCGAGCAGGCCUUCGUGCUCCGCCUCAUUCAUCACGAUCAUGCUGCCCAGUUGUAGGACCGCCAUAGCAAGCUACGCUUAAUGAAGGAAAUGACCUUGCCG